AUGACGCAGGCCAUGGCCGUGUGUGUUGGACUGCUCCUCUUCAGUGUGACAUGGGCAGCACCGAUGCUGAAUGAAGAGGACAGCACCACCAACCAAGGCAGCGCCCAUGGGGACUUAACAGCAUCUAUGCAUCCUGAGCCCACAGGGGAUAAAGGAGCGGAGAAUGUAGGGGAUGCCCUCCUUAACCGGCCUGGCCAGGAAAGGUAUGGUGCCGCUCUCAUCAGAAGUAUCCCACAGCCUAUAAAGAGACCGAUGACACGGACUGAACUAUGGAGGGACAAAAACAGAGAGAAGAAACCUCAGAGUGUUCCAGGCAUGAUUCCAACAGAUAUCAACGAUGCUAAAGACCACCUCAAAGAUGAAGAGAAUCAACAGAGGUAUCUACUACCCCGGAACAGCUCAGUAAAAAGCAAACAUACCCAUCAGGUCCGACGGAGCACUCACUAUCUGCCCCAAAUCGGAAAGAUCCCCGGGGACUUGGAAGGCAGUGGCUCCCCAUACACUCAAGUGAGGGGGGACAAUGAUGUCCCUCCUUUCAGUGGGGAUGGGCAGCAUUUCUUGGACAUUCCUGGCAGAGGAGGUGCUGUUGGGCCUGGUCUGGACAGCUCCGCCAGUCUCACGGGCCUCUCGGGCUCUGACAAAGCUGAGAUUGGUGACCCACAAACAAGUGGACUGGAUUCUAACGAGAUCCCAGAGAGCGAAAGACAUGGUGGCGAUGCCACCGGAGAGGAAACCGCACCACAGGCAGGUGCUACUGGUGUGAGGCUUGCGGAGGGCAGCAACGACAUCACAGGCAGCACUAAUUUUAGGGAACUCCCUGGAAAAGAAGGAAACAGAGUUGAUGCCGGCAGCCAAAAUGCCCAUCAAGGGAAAGUCGAAUUUCACUACCCACGAGGGCCCUCCAAAGAGAAGCCGAAAGGGGGCAGCUCGGACAGCACGGGGAGCGCCAGUUACAAUGAGAUUCCCAAGCGAGGCAAAGGUAGUUCUAGGAAAGACGCCGAAGAAUCCCACAGGAACCAGGUGACCUGGACUGAAAAACAACGAUUUCCAGGAAAAGGCAAAAGCCAGGGCCAGGUUCUUCCUUCUCACAGUCUUGGUAAUGAGAUUAAAAGCAAGGGCGAUUCCUCUAAUGCUCCCAGUAGUGAGGGGAUUAUAAUCACACACAGCAGAAAAAACCAUUAUGUACUCCAUGGACAAAAUAAUUCCACAAGGAAUAAAGGGAUGUCGCAGCGGAGGGGCGCCUGGCCUUCACGAAGGCCCCAUGCCCACAGGCGCUUUAGCCCCGGCAGGAGAGACAGCAGUGAGUCGUCCAGUGACAGUUCAAGUGAGAGUGAAGGUGACUAGUCCCCAGGAAUUUGGAC